AUGUCUAACGAGGACUUAGCGAGCCGAAAUCCAGAACCGGAGAAUGACGUGGGACCUGAAUUGAGCUCACAUCGACAUAACGGUGAAGGUGAUUACUCUGAAUCUCUGAACCGAGAUGGAUCUGCCGGUGAACAACCGACACAAGUGGCUCCUAAUUCGGACCCUGAAGUAUCCAACGGCACUCAGACUGUGACCGAUGAUGCAAUUGAGGGGAAAUCAGAAGCAGGACUCGAGCCUAGCGAAGUCCAAGUUGAGCAUGAUGAAGUUUCACCGGCGGGUGAAGAAGGCACUCCAACAGUUGAAGUCAGCUCGCCGCAGAUAAACGUCGACGAUGUGGAUGCGGACGACACGGCCGAUGUGACAGCCGAGUCACACAACGAGCCCGCUACGGGUCACGGUACCAGCCAUUCCAGACGACAUUCAACCCUCUCACUUAGCUCUACUGCCACGGUGGAUAAUCUGCACAUCUUCAAGAAUGCGUUUGAUUAUAUCAUGAACAGCAAGGAAGUCAAGAAAGAUGAAGCGUUCAAAGCCACUAUGCAGAAAGCUAUGGAUUCUUUGAACGAUCCACAUUCGAGAGAUCCUCACAUAAUCUUCGAUGCACUUCAAGCAGCGUGUAAAACACCUAAUAACACUAUGAAAGCGAAAGCUUUAGACCUUUUCUCAAAGCUAUUUGACUAUACCGUGUUUGAAGAUGCUAAAGAUAAGGUACAGCUCACUGAUGCAUCGGUGGAUGUCAUUUCGUCGUGUUUUGAUGGAGAAGGCACCGACCCAGAAGUCGAACUUCAAGUUGUUCGAUCUUUAAUGAACAGCGUUCUCCUCAUGCCUUGUCAUGGUGCUGCUUUGUUAAAAGCGGUUCGUCAGAUCUACAACGUGUUCAUCUUUUCGUUGACUCCUCGUAAUCAAGCUGUGGCUCAGGGAAUUCUCACACAGGUGAUUAGCUCCAUAUUUCGAAGAAUCAGCGACACCACAUUAAAAUCGAAAAAGAUAGGCAGCAGCACCAAUUUCACGUCACCCAAAGACAGCAAAGAUGAAUUUGAUGUUCCAAAUGGUGAAGAUGAGCCAUCAAUGACAGGCAUGUGA